GGUCCCCCAGAUAAGGGCACUUAACAUAUACGCCGCCCAGGACUCCUUGAGGUGACCGAUGUACGUCAAUUGCUGCAAUGGCACAGGACGUCGAAAGUGAGGUAUGAAAACAUCAGGCCCUUCAUCAGGCUACAGCAACCGCAGAAACACGCAUCAGGUCACUCAGAGCACAUCCCCUUGGGACAUGGACGUACUCCCAGCCAGACUCACUCCAACUCGCCUCAGAUCAUUGAACUAAACGGAAUAUUUCAAAGACAGCUCUCAGAGGAUGCAGCACACAUUCGCACACGCCCUAGCGCAGCCAUGCUUCAGAACAGCGGAGCAACUGACACUGCGUCGUGGCGGCGGGAGCGUCAACUGAUGAUCAGAAAUCGCCGACGCAGAUCGUCAAUGAUCGGAAGUGUGCUGUACAGUUCCUCGAGGUACUCGCCUUGAUAGACAGAGUUACGAGAAGAACAGCACAGAGAAAUAGACAACAGACAAAGACAGAGACAAUGGCGUCCGUUACGGGAUCCGAGCUGGAUCUUUACAAACUCCUUGAACGAGCAGACCUUCUCUCCUACUACGAGAAAUUCAUCGAGAUAGGCGGGGACAAUGUGCAGCAGCUUCGUGACUCCAUAGGACAGGAGUUGAUCGACAUGGUAGAUAUGGCCAGAAAGCCACUUCACGUCAAGAGGUUCAAGAAAGCCCUGGCACAGUGGGAACCCCAACCAGUCGCAGCAACAUCCACUGCAGCAGAUGGAGCAGGAGGGGAGAUUCACGAACUACUUCGACGAGCAGAUCUUCUAUCCUACCACGACAAGUUCAUGGAGAUAGGUGGCGACAAUGUUCAGCAGCUUUGUGACUCCACAGCGGACGACUUCCAAGAAGUGAUUGCCCUUGUUGAUAUGGCCAGAAAGCCACUCCACGUGAAGAGACUGAAGAAAGAACUGGACCAGUGGACAGGACAGUGGGGCGCAGAGAAUGUGCACCGGCUUGAUGACUGGAUGGAGGAAUACUCUCAGGAUGCUGUCAGGCUGGUACAGACGGCCAGGAAGACUUUCCACGUGAAACGAUACAAUGAAGCACUGGAACUUUGGGUACGCAAUGCAGGUACAUGGGAUUCAGGCACAUCUGCGCAGAUGACACCCGCGACGUUUUCCACACGGCAAGAUGAGCAAUCAGUAUCCUUAGAAGAAUCGCCUGGGACUGAGAACAUCAGGACUGCGAUGCACCUUGCCAUUGACAGCAGAGAUGUCGGGCGAGUGCGAGAGUGCCUGCAAGCAGAACCGCAACUGAAAGUCUGGCUCCAUCCAGUCGAGAAAGAGUCAGCUCUGAACCGAGCAGUGAAGCAAAAAGCAUUCAGAUUGUAUGUCCUUUUGGUGUCAGAGAAAUGUAUAUUCAAGGACAGUGAAGAAAGCGAGUCUCUCUUACUCCUGAAUCCACUUGAAAAGUCCGAACUUGUACGACAAGUAAAAUUUGGAAGCGAAUACAAAGGAUCUCACCUCAGUGCCCUCAAGAGCAGAUCGAGGAGCCUAGCCGUUUUUGACGGAUUUGACAAAUUUCUGGAUAACUUGUAUGAUGCUCUCGACAGCAGCGAUUUACUCAAGCCUGUUUUGAAAGUAGCUUCAUUGGCCCCUUAUUUGAGAGUACGCUUCGACUUUAAGCAAGAGCACAUCCCGUGCAUGGUGGGCGGCAGUAGAACUGGCUAUGGCUUAACUCAUCCAGAAAAACAAGUCAUCUUUAUCGGAGCCAAGGUACUUCAACUGGAACCGUCACACGCCUCACAAAGUCGCACGAAGGAAGUCGCAGGGACACUAAUUCACCAACUGUGUCAUUUGGCUGUUGAUCUUGUAUACAGAAAUGAAGGAAAGCCGUACCGAAGCACGGAUGCAAUGAGCAGAGACUGGUACGCAGACAUCGUUAACGAUGUCAGAGGUAGAAAGGACGAGUUACAUAAAAUGUUAAAAUCUGCACUUCAUUGGAAUGACGAACUAAUCGAAAGCGAACUAAUAGUUCGAAUACCCCAUGUUCUUGCUCUUUGUCCUGCUGAAGGCAACACUAUUCUGGAGCAGCAAGUCCCGAGGCUCUACCAAUUCUUCAAAAGGCACGUCGUCGAAGAUAUGAAACAGUGCAUACGGAACGGCUGCUCCAUAAGUGACAUUGAGAUCAUCAAGGAGGAAAAUACAAGAUUAGGGAAGACGUCCUCGACAGAAGAACUUGGGAUAGAAUUUGUGACACGGCUUGAUGAGUCGAUUCUAAAACGUGAGCCACUUGUUGUCCUCGUAGCAUCAAAUAUAGCAUUUCUCGAAGUUAUGGUCAAUGACCUCUUAAAAUCUGCAACAGGUUCGUACCUGUUUCUCGAGGCAUCCCGUUGGGGGAAGAGAACGGAGGAUGUACUAAUCAAGAAUAAGUGCAGGUUUUUGCUUGUAUCGUGUGACGGCAAAAGUGACCUCAAGGAGAUUCUCGAACUCUGCAAACAGCUGUUUUGCGUCACGGGCACGAAAAUAGUUCUGAUGACGUCAGAGGGCAACCUGGAGCACUGCCUCCAGGAAGUUGAAAAUACAUCACUACAUCACAGCGAACUUUACAUUGAUGUCAUACACAGCGCUGCUUUUGUGAACCUGACACCCAAGUGCAAGAGCGAUAUUAUCCGGAAAUCGUGUAUCGCUCUUCAGUCUCACGCGGAACAGACAUUUAUUCCAGACAUUCUGGAUGUCGAUAGGUUCCUGAAAAUUUCUCGGGAGGACACGUUUCUGACGCUGUGCAGAGAAAGAGUCUUAUUUCUUGGACCACGAUUGAAACAACUUGGGGAAAACAUAAGCGGGUGCUACAUUGAACAAAAGUGUGGAAGGUCCGUCGAGGUUGAUCUGUGCAAGAUCGGGGGUCGUGCUGAGGACUGCGCUUUCGCUUUCUUUGACUGUUCCGAGGAAACGCUCCAUUCAUUCCUACCUGCUGGUCUUACUGCGAAGCGAAUAAGUGACUUGGAAAAGUUCGAGCGAAUUGUCAUUCUGGAGAGUGACAGAGACUACGAGCUCCUUGUUCAGAGGGAACACUACACGAGUAGGACAGUACACCUCCUGGAAUUCCAUGAGCGACGUUUCAUAUGGAAAAAGUCAAACGGUGCUGUGAGUCACCUUCCCACAAUUGGGGAAGAAAUUUACCCCGGGAAUUCUCUGCUGAAAACGAGCGAGAGAGUCGUCGUUGUCUCGGGAGACCCAGGAACGGGGAAAACCAUCCUGGCAACGCGACUCUGCAGAGAAAUCAAGAAAGCAGACAAGAAAGCGUGGGUGCUUUACAUUAGUGAUUACCCGAAGAUUGAAGACGCUACGAGAAUGUUCCACGAAGAAAGUGGCGGCAUCAAUUUCGAACAGUUCGCGAAGUUGUGUCGCGUGAAGACAAGUGGAGAAGAGUUUAAACUGUUUCAACAAAGUGUCACAAAAGGAAGUCCGUUUCACGUCUGGGUCAUUUUCGACGCGCUCGACGAAAUUCAGGAGACCAGUCAGAAAAUCAUCCUUAAGUUCGCGAAGCUCUUGGCUCAAGCAAAACUAACUAAGGUGUUCAUUUUCAUGCGCACUACAUGCAGAAAUGAAACUGAAGAUGAAAUGCACUCGGUGGCUUACCGCAUGAUUCCGUUCUCCAACGAAGAUCAAGCUCAAUUUCAGCAGAAAAAUCAGAAACAUGCUCAUCAAAUACCGUCAUCUGUGCCUAACACUAAGAUCGACGAGAAAGCAUCAAGAAGGCACCAGGCAGUGCCAACCACCGACCUGCUACCCAUGGCCAUUAAGCCCCUUCACGUAAAGAGUCUCAAUGAAACAGCGCAAGAGUGGACAGGGCACGUAGGUACAUCCUGUUCAGACACACCUACAUCGCCAACGCAAGAUGUCCUACCAGCACGGGUAGAAGAAUCUGCGGAGACUGAGAACAUCAGGGCCCAGAUGCAUCGUGCUAUAGACGACAGAAACAUCAAACAAGUGCGAAGGUGCCUGCGAGAAGAGCCACGUCUAAAGAUGUGGCUCCAUCCUCUUAAAAAAGAGUCAGCUUUGCAUCGAGCUGUUAAGAAAAACGCGUUCAUGGUAUACGGCGUUCUGAUGUCACGGAAAUGUGACUUCAUGGAUGAGGCCGAACGCGAUUGCCUCGAACACUUGAAUACUCUCCAAAAGUCCGAAGUUGAGCGUCAAGAAUCGUUUUUCGUCAAACACGAAACACAUUACAUCUCUGUCCUCAAGUGUAGCUCCACGAGCGCCGCUGAGUGUGCAAGAUUUGAACAAAUUUUGGAUAAUUUGUAUGGUGCUCUCGACAGCAACGAUUUACUCAAGCCUAUUUUGAAAGUCGCUUCGAUGGCACCUUAUUUGAGCAUUCGCUUCGACUUUGAGCGAAAGCACACCCAGUGCAUGGCGGGCGGCAGCAGAAGUGAGUAUGGCUUGACUCACUCAGAAAAGCGAAAUAUCGUUAUCGGAGCGAUGGGACUUGAGGACGAACAAACAGACGCCACGAAACGUCGCACCAGGGAUGUCGAAGAGAGUCUCGCCCACGAGUUGUGCCAUCUGGCUCUUUCUCUGGUAUACGGAAAUGAAGGAAAGCCGUACUGGAGCACGGAUGCACGCAGGAGAGAUUUUUACGCCGACAUUAUCAAGGACGUUAGAGGUAGAAAGGACGUCCUUGAAGGAUUCUUACAACUGGCAUCUCCUGGGAAUGACGAAAAAGAACUGAUUGUUCAAAUACCGCGCAUUCUUGCUCGGUAUCCUGAGGAUAGCAGCACAGUUCUGGAGGAAAAUGUGCAGGGUCUCAACCAGUUCUUCAAAGACUACGUCGUCGAGGACAUGAUAGAGUACAUUCAAGACAGCUGUCCAGGGAAGGAUAUCGAAAUGAUAAGGCAAGAAAAUGCCAUACUGGGGAGGGCGUUCCGGACAGAAGAUCUCGGAAUAGAAUUUCAGGCACCGCUUGAUCACUGUGUUCUUCGACAUGGUCCACUUCUUGUCCUGACAGCAUCAAAUUUAACAUUGCUUGAAGUGAUGGUGAACGACCUCGUAAGAUCUGAACGAGUUUCUUACUUAUUUCUUGAAGCAUCGCAGUGGCUGCAGAGAACGAUUAAAGUCCUACAGAAAAACCGGUGCAACUUUUUGAUCGUAUCGUGUGAACGCAAAAGUAACGUUGGAGUGAUUCUCGAAUUCUGGAAAGAACUGCAUGAUGUCACCGGCAUGAAGAUAAUUCUGCUGACGUCAAACGACAAUCUGGAGCACUGUCGCCAAGAAAUUAGCGAGAGCCCACUCUGUGACAUGGAAAUUUACGUAAACACCAUACACAGUGCCACUGUUCAGAACGUCACGUCCAAGUGCAAGAUUGAAAUUAUCAAGAAUGCAAGGAUCGACCUUCAGUCUCCAGACGGGCGGUCAUUCCUUGAAGACAUCCUGGACAUCGACAGCUUUCUGGAAAUUUGCGAAGAAGACACUUUUGUGAAAUUGUGCAGCAAAGAGAUUUUAUAUUUUGGACCACAGCUGAAAAAACUUGAAAAAAAUGUAAGCUACUGCUAUAUUGAACGAAGAUGCGGGAGGUCCGUCGAAGUUGAUAUGCUGAAGAUCAAAGAGUGUUCUAAGGACGACGCUUUGGCUUUCCUUGGUUGUUCGGAGAAAACCGUUCAGGCGUUUCUACCCACAGGCAUUAAUGUCACUCGAGUGAGUGACUUGGACAGGUUCGAGCAAAAUGUCAUUCUGGAGAGAGAGAGUGACUACGAGCUUCUGGUUCAGACGGGUCACUACACAGGGAAGACAGUCCACCUCCUCGAGUUCCUAAAAGGACACUUCAUGUGGAGAAAAUCAAAUGGCGCUGUAAGUCAUCUUCCCAGGAUCGGGCAAGAAAUUUACACCGUACGCUCCCUGCAUACAAUCAAUGAGAAAGUUAUCGUUGUUUCUGGGCACCCUGGAAUGGGAAAAACCGUGCUGGCGACGCGACUUUGUACAGAGAUCAAAAACGCAGACAAGAAUGCAUGGGUACUUUACGUCAGUGAGUACCCGAAGCGCCAAGAAGCGAUGAAAUUGCUUAAUCGACAAACUGGAAGUAUCAACUUCAAGCAGUUCGCGAAGUUGUGUCGCGUGGCGACAAGGGGAGAAGAGUUUGAACUGUUUCAACAAAGUGUCAGUAAGGGAAGUCCGUUUCACGUCUCGGUCAUCUUUGACGCCUUUGACAAAAUUCAGGAUACCAGUUUGAAGUUCAUCCUUCAGUUUACUAAGGCUUUGGCACAAGCACACCUACCUAAGAUAUUGAUGUUCACACGCGAUAUAUAUAGGUAUCUGAUUGAAGAUGAAAUGAACGUGGUGUCUUUCCACCUGAUUCCCUUCUCCGAAGAAGAUCAAGCAGAAUUUCUGGGAAAAUAUGAGAAACACGUUGGUGAAAUACCUUCAUCUCUACCGAAUGCCAAGAGCGAUGAGAAGCAAAUCCAAAACAUUCCUCGUCACGUCAAGGAAGAAGAAAGCCCUCUUCUAGGCUCUCUCCGGGGUAACCCUCUUUUUCUUCGCAUAUUGGCAGAGGUGGAGCGAGGAAAAACUUGUGGACGUGAUUACAGCUACGAAAAUUGCUUCAGAUGUUUAUCCGUGUUCACGUCGUACGUUGAGUACCUGCUGUGUCACAAACAAGAAAAUAAGGGGUACAGAAGGGGAACCGAGAACGAAAAUGAUGACGCUAGGUUGAAGUCAAUAUUUUACAAAUACCUCGGUCUUCUAGCACUGAAAACAGUUCUCUCCAGGGAUGUCCUCGAGGAACUCCUCAGCGAAAGUGAAUCCUACUACCUCCAAGGCAGCAGGCCACUAGCCAUGGUGGUCAAGGAGAACAGUGUAAGGUGCGGUCUUACACAGAGACUGGGGAGUGACGACUUUCGUUUUGUGCACCACAGCUACGCCGAGUUCUUCGCGGCAUACCUGCUCGCCGAGAAGGUAAAAAAGGCAAAUGACACCGGUGAUGUGAAUGUACUACGUAUCGUUUCCAGCUUGUACGGAGAAUCUAGAUACUCGGGCAUGUUGACCUUCUUUGAUGGAAUCGCAGCGAAGCAACACGCGUUACAUAGCAGCAUAAUGAAUAACGACAUUGAAAGUGCUAAAAAGGCUGCUGAACAGGGUCGCUCCCUAGACGGUCUCGAAAGGACGCCGCUGCACGUCGCUGCGCUGCACGCUGAUCCGUGUAUCUUAGGCUGGCUUACCGUUAACCGAUCCCUAACACAGAGAGAUAUGAUAGGUAUGACACCUCUCAUGUACGUUGACAAGAUUCGCUCCUGGGCAAGAUUGGACGUUUUCUGUACGCGCAGUGGUGGUUUUGCUGUUGACUGGUUUCACCAACUGCCGACAGCAUUCGAGAACAUUACGACUGAGCGACAUUUUAAUCGUUCAAUUUUGUACAACGUCAUUUACAAGCGGCGUAAGGGGCUAUUGUCUGUGCUGCUCAGAGAGUUUUGCAAAAACAAGAUGUCUUCCCGUGAGAUCUGCCCUGAGGGUGCACCACAAUACUUCAGGGAACGCGUCAACCCCGAUGAACACGGCAAUUAUAUCCCUGUGGACAUUGAUCGUAUUAAGGACGACAACCAGUGUACGCCUUUACAAAUGAGUGUCAUUUUUGGUGAACUCGAUAUUGUCCAGAUGCUUCUGCCUUAUUCGUCCUUACGCGUACGUAACAAGUUUGGUAUGACGCCGCCUCAGACAUGUGCUUUCUUCGGCCGUACAGACAUUCUAAGGCUUCUGCUUCCUUUAGCAUCCUUCCAGGACUGGUACAGUUCAGAAAACGCGCUUGAAGGGAUCGAAUGCCACACUAUCAACAUGGUUCUUCCCGGUACUGUAGACUUCCUACUUCCACAUUUCUUGACCGGAUCGCCUAUUAAAGAGCAGUUGUUACGUAGCAGCCUCGUUGGGGGACACAUUGAAGUGACGAGAGCUGUUCUUCCUCACACUGACGACCGUAUCAAUCGAGGUAUAACGGCUCUACAAGCAGGCGUGCUCUCCGGUUACUUGGACGCGGUGAGACUAAUGCUGUCUCACACCGAUGUUCAUGGAGAGAACAAACUUGGCGUCACUCCACUUCUCAUGGACGUUGACGACAGUUGUUGUUCACUGAAUAAAAGUCGGCCGUACAGGGAUCGGCAAUCGGAGGACUUAGAAGACGGAAAGGGGAGUAAGACUGGUACUGCCAUUGCGAAACUCCUCAUUCUCCGUUCGGACAUCGUCUCUCUUGGCAUCGACGCAAAAACAGCUCUGCGGAUUGGCAUGAACUGUGGGAAUCCCGUCGCCACUUUCAAGCUGCUACUUCCUCAUCUAUCACACACCUCUCGUACUACAAGACAAGAAAUCACGGCCCAUCAUCCAUUAAAGGUUGGAGAGCAGGAUAUCCUAAAGUACCUCAUUUCUUACACCCCGAUUAACACACUGGAUGAAGGCGGAUGUAUACCACUAGCUUCCUGCAUCCACAAUAGGUACUUGACCGCCGCGAAACUUCUCCUUCCUCUUACAGACGUCCACAAUCAAAGCCAAUCUUUGUUCGAGAGUAUCAUCGGAGGCGAGUGUCACGUCGUGGAGAUGCUUCUCCCCCACUCCUUCGAACGUAGCUGCAACACCGCGUUGCUAGCUGCCGUUCAUCUGGGAGACACGGAAAAAAUGAAAUUACUUGUUCCCCAUGCUGAAGUGAACGGCCUUGCAAUGACGCCAAUGAUGGCAUCGCGUAGAACGGUGAACCGACGUGACUGGCCGUCGACGCUCCUGGUGCUACUCCAUCUCCCUUACCUUCUGCCUUAUCUGAACACACGGGACUGCGACAUCAGCCACAACGGACCAUUAUUGUUGAGUGCCUGCAAAACUUCGAAAGAAAAAGAAGAGGAAGAAGGUGAAGAUGAAGAUAAAAACGAAGGCGAGGAAGAAGUAGUAGAAGAAGGUGAUGUACAGAAUGGGGAAAUGUGCGUUCCAGAUGCCAAAAUACUAAAGCUACUUGUUCUCCACUCGAACUUCCGUAUUGUGGAUGCGGAUCGGGCUCUGCAACUCGACGGCAGCAUUCAAAACAUUCACACGAUGAAGUUGCUACAACCGCAUUCAAACAUCCAGAAGUGGACAAGAAUCAGUGACAAUGUGAAUCAGGUUCAGGAAGAGACUGCGGACACACUGCGUUGCGUAUUGCCGUAAUGCUUCGAACAUACAUGCAUGUUUAUUAAAAUACGUAGGCCACACCGGCAGCACAACAGGAUAAAACAUGACUUAAAAUAUAUAGUAAGUGUUAACGAUUCGGGGCCUAUUCAGGCCUCAUCUGAGGAGAAACAACUGUGGUAGUUCACACAUUGGCAUUGACUUCUAUCCGCCACUCAGAAAUAAAGCAUAAAUCCAUGCUCAGGGCAAAUGCCUUCGUUUUUUUUCCCCUACGUAUGUGAAAGGCGUGGUAUACAAAAUAAACCUCUCUGUGGCGAAGCUGUAUAGACUAUUCAAAAUGUGCAUUACACAGGUACCAGUGCUUGUCCUCGUCGCGUGAUAACCUUGGGGUGUACCCCAGAAGGAUUUGCAACGAACAUUAUUUACACAUUCCACUGUAUUCAUGAUUAAAAGCGUUAAAACCCCA